AUGGCGAAAUAUGUGACUGACGUAGAUGACAAAGCUAAAGAAACCGAAAAAUUUUGGGGUGGCAUUGCUAUUAUUGUUAGUUUGUUUGUAAGUUAUGGUAAGCCACGAAUAAGGGGUGGGAGAGCUGGCGUGGGUGUUGGGGCGUUUCCGGCCA